AUUUUGUGCCACUCCCGAUCGUCCCUCGCGGUUGCGUCAUUCUGGCCCUCUCAUAAAGCCCACCACAAUUCCAUUCCACUGCCUCUCCUCUCCCACAAACAACACCAUCUUACCCUCCACAACUCACAUCUCAACCCUCAAACCACCAACCACCAACCACAGCACCUCCAUCAACAUGUCUGCACCAAACGCCAACGCACCAAACGAGGGCAUCGUCGGCCAGAUCGCCAACUCUGUCUCCAACGCCGCCAACUACGUUGCCGAGACCGUCCAGGGCAAGACCGCUGAGGCAUCGAAGGAGGCCAACAAGGAGCAGGCCAAGGGCAACACACCAAACUCCAGCAUUGGUGACCGUGUCAGCGGAGCCACUGGCGCUAUCAGCGACAAGCUUGACCAGACCAAGCACGAGGGUGCCGCUUCUGCCAACAAGCACUCCAUCUAGAUGCUUCGUUCCUUCGAAACCUAUGAUGGGAUGAGAUACGGCUGCAUUUUCAAUUCCGCAUGCUGAGCUUGCACACCUAGCAUACAUGACUUGCUAUGAGUUGUCAUCCUCGCGCUGAGAGAGAGGAGGAUCGAUCAUGAGUUUACUUUGAGUAACAUGAGAGAGAUAUAGCCAGC